AUGGACCCCAAUGCCGAUAUUUCACACGUUGAUCGGGAAAUAUGGGUGGAUGGAAUGGAGGACAUCUUCAUUGACAUGAUGUUAGCUGACGCCCUUAAUGGUGCACUGAGGGCUGGGAGGAUCACUUCUAGGGACCAUGCUUCCUAUGCUGCACGUCUUACGGCUGUGGGCGUAAAGACGUACGAUGCGAGUCAAAUCAAGGGGAAAAUACAUCGGCUUAAGAUGAUGCAACGACUUUUCAUAGACCUCAUGCACCAAACUGGUAUGGGAUGGGACCCCGAUACCAAAACGAUUCUAGGGAGUGACGAACAUUGGGCAAAUGCCAUUAGGGCCAAGCCACAAGUAAAGAAGUUUCGUACCUCAGGUUGCCCACGAUAUGCAGACCUCUGUACCAUUUUUGGCGCUGCUGUAGCAACGGGCACACUCCACCACGCGUCCACCCAACCACCACCAUCUUCGGAUGAGGAGGAGCGUCUUGACGCUGAGAUGCGGCGUCGGGGCCCGGCACUUGGCACCCAAGCCAGUCGGGAUUUUGUCUUUGAUGGCCCGUCGCAAUUUCCCAUGAACAUGGGGACACCAUCGAGUUGUUCUUCCCGACGGCGUCAGAAGGGAGGGCAAAAGAACCAGCACGACGAGAAGAUAUCGAACAUGGUUGAUGCGAUCACGCGUUCCUAUGAGGCACUUCAGCCCCCACUGCCUGACGAUAUUUUCUCCCGUGCGUUUGAUCGGUUAAUGAACCCCCUUGCACAACGAGGAUUUUUGGUUUCAUGGACAUCUUUGGAAGAUGUCCAUGUUUUUAUUAUUUCAUUCCAGUUGUGA